UUGCUUUCUUGCGCUCUUUGCGUGGAGUUUUGCGGUAGCUCUUCCAUGAAAUGCCAAACACCUUACGCCAUGCCAUUGCGGAGAAUUGCUCUGAGCACUUUGACCUCAUCGAUGAGGAUCAAUCCGGUGACCUCGAUGCAAAAGAAGUGGAAACGUUGCUGGCAGCGAUGGGCAUUAAUGGUCCAGAACGGCAACAAAUCAUUGUCUCCUCGUUUGAUGGAUGCACUAGAACCAAUCACAUGAAGGUGACUGAUGCAAUCACUCAAGUUCUUUCUGGCACUGAUGAAAGCAAACUUCACGUGAUGCUUGGCCGGGUGGCCCUCUUUGGAAAAGUCUUUCGCUGGUUGGAUUUCGAUGGAGAUGGAACUCUCAGCUUGCCUGAGAUCAUUCGGAUGAUGGAGCUGUUGAACAUUGAUCUCAAAUUAGCUGCUGAUUUAAUGGCUUUCCUGGAUACCGAUGACUCAGGGGAAAUCACCUGGCAGGAAUUUGUCCGUGGCAUUUGUACGGAUGACUUUUCGUCGCUUUUCCCGGAGAUCACUUUGGAGGCUUUGGUGGAGCUCCCGUCAAGCUUGCAAAGCAACAAGGUGAUCAGCCGUGAAGAGGAGAGUCAAGUGAUUGCAGAAUUGCCAGCGAUUGAGAAGUCUUUAUAUUGGAUGCUCUCCUUAAUGUAUGGCAGAAAUCGAAAAAGUCGAAGAAGUAAAGAGGCCUCAUCUGAUGACUUCUCUUUGGACCUCACAGAGAUUCCACUUCGAGGCAAGGAGCCCCAGGCAAGGGCAAGCGAGGCAGGCGAAGCAAGCAAGGAGUCCUGCAAGGAGAUGCAGGCCAGGAUGAGAAGAGAAAGUCAAGAGAAACACUUGAGGAAAGAGGGAGAAAAGAGAGAGGAGAAACAUGAGAGACAGGAGUUCAGUGCACAUGAGAUGCAGCUCCGCUCACUUCCACGUGCUUGGGUUGUUGCUGAUAUUCCUUGCAUUGUCCGCAAAGAAGCCAAGAAUCCCAUGGCCGUCCGCCCAGCUGUGGUCCAUCCAAAGUUUCCAGAUGCAGAGCUUCAAGUGGUGGAAAUGCCAGAAGAUUGGAGAUCAGAGAUAUCUCGGUUUCCAUCAUUAGCUUCUCGCACGACUUCACCCUUACAAGUUGCAAACCUUCCCUGCAUUGUUCGCAAGGAGGCUCGAAAUCCAGUAGCUGUUCGCUCGGCCGUUGUUCAUCCCAAACUGGAUCUUUGGGUUUCUGAUACUCCGAAGCCAACAAGCCCAGCACCCAAGAUGCAGCUCGAACCCGAGAAGGAUACUGAAAAAGCAGGAAAAGAGCCGGGCAAACUGCGGAGAAUUAGCACCAACAGCUACGGGGCAGCAGCUGCAGCUGCAGCAGCAGUAAGUUCUGCCUUCAAUGACCUUGCAAGUGGCUUGGCGUCUGCAUUUGGCAUCCCCUCCAAGGACUCACACGUGAAAAAGGAGAUGUCAGUGGCUGCUGCAGCUUCAGUGAUCAAAUCCAUGGAUGUAAAGGUGACAAAAGCGCAUGUUCUUAGUGAGAGGAAACGCCGAAGUCUAUGGCGGACCAGGUAUGCGGCUGUCUCUACUGGAGCACUAGCGGGGAUUGGUGCUGCUUUUCUAGCACAAGUCCUCAAUGACUUCACGUCCACUAUAGUUGAUGAAGAGGAAGACUUCGUCAUGUGGAAUGUGCUUGCAGGGAGUUUUUCACUGCUCUGGUCUUUGGCCGAAAUGGUGGUGUGCUGCAUUGCCGCUCUGGUGGCCACCGUCAGAAUGACCCGUAUUUGCGGCAUUUUGCUGGUGCCAAUGGACAAGGAACGAGCCAUGCUUGCUGGAUCCCUUGCUCGUUCGGCCCUCGAAUUGGGCCAUCCGAAAGUGCGGACCUUUGGGAUUGACCCGUACAAAAGAGCCAACAAAUGCCUUUUGCUUUUCUACGCCUUGAUUUACAUGGGCAGCCGCGGUGUGACCAAAUUCAUCAUCAAGCUCAUUGUGAAGAAAGCAGCUCCUCGGACCCUCUUGAAAGUCACCGAGUUCGCUCCAUUGGCAGUGGAGGUGUUCAUCAAUGUAGUCUUCAAUUCAGUGACCGUGAACUAUGCAAUGAAUGAAGUCAUGAUUUGCUCCCUGGGGCCGUCGGCGACGGUGGAAGUGACCAGCCAGCUGAUCAAGGCACAUCGUCGCUCCAAGAAUGUGGAGGAGCCUUUGUCAGAUGAAUUGAAGCUCUUAGCGCUGCGAGCGGUGGGGGUUUCCAUCACUUACAAGAUGCAGCUUCAUCCCAACUCGCGCUUUCUUUUGAAUCAUGUGGUCGGACUUUUUGCUGAUCAGACCUUUGUAAAGCGAGCGAAGGAGGACUAUGGUCAUUCGUGUGGAGUGCAACGAACAAAAAGCCGUGUAUCUCAGCGAUCUCAUCGAUCGACUCAAUCCAAACAACGGCGCCGGUGCUGCGGCUGCCGGUCCUCGCCUGCAAGUGCUGACCCCACUGAGACACUGCACGAAGAGCUUGCAGAUUUGGGCCUGGAUGAAGAGGAUCUAUUCUUCGAUGGCUUGACAGGCCUCAAUCAUCGAGAUGCACUCUUCGCUUGCUCGAUGCUUGUCUUGGCGUUGAUGCUGGAUGGGCGAAUUGGUCGACAAGAUUGGGCCUUCAUCCAGAGAGCUGCAGGAUCUGUUCGUCCACCCCUGGAGGCGAAAUGGUCCGAAACCGUCCAUUUGACGAACACGUACUGCAGUGGAAGGCAGAUGAAUGCGGAUAUGUUUCACCGGAUAUUCGAGACAUCCAAAGGCACUGACGCAUCUGCCAGCUGUUGUGACUACUUCUCUGACGCAAUGCGCACGGUCUCGGAUUACACCAAUUGCUGCUGAAAUCGAGAUCGGCAUUUCCCCAUGCAGACUCCUAAGAAUUGCAGCGUUCUUUCUCGCAGGAUUCGACUCCGAUUGAUCGCUUAAAGCGAUCAGGGAAGUCAUUUUUGUGUGACACUCACACACAGAGAUCUCAGCUUUUGAAAA